AUGCCGUUAGCUGGCUUGGUCGUAGAACGCUCACGCAGAAGCUGUGUGCUGACUGCCUUAACAGGACAAAGAUUGCUUCUUGGGCUGGGGCUGAGCGUCAAUCUUCUUCUCAUCACUCGUUUGGGUUUUCGGAGAAGGCCCAAUCUCAAUACUGCCUUUAUGUACAAGGAGAUGAUCCAAAGGUCUAUAGCUCCUGAUAUUUUCACUUAUAACUCACUGAUCUAUGGGUUUUGCAUGCACAAUCGAAUAGACGAGGCCAAGGAGAUGUUUGAUUUGAUGAUUACCAAAGAUUGUUACCCAGAUGUAGUUACUUAUAAUACUCUCAUUAAUGGAUUUUGCAAGUCUAAAAGAGUAGAAGACGGCAUGGAACUCUUUCGUGAGAUGUAUCAAAGAGGAUUGUUUGGUGGCACCAUCACUUACACCACUCUUAUCCAAGGGUUUUUUCAAGCUAGGGACUGUGAGAAUGCUCAAGAAAUUUUCAAACAAAUGGUUUCUUGUGGUGUGCCUCCCAAUAUUUGGACCUGCAACAUUUUGUUAGAUGGGUUUUGUGAUAACGGAAAGCUAGAGAAAGUGCUGGUCAUAUUCAAUGAUAUGCAAAACAGUGGAAUGGAACUUGGUAUUAUUACAUAUAAUAUAAUCAUUGGCAGGAUGUGCAGGGCUGGCAAAGUGGAAGACGCGCGGGAAUUAUUCUGUAGCCUCAGCCUCAAUGGAGUGAAGCCUGAUGUCAUAACAUACACUAUAAUGAUCUCAGGAUUCGGUGUGAAACGCUUGAAGCAGGAAGCUGUUGCCUUGUUUAGGAAGAUGAAGGAAGACGGGCCUCUCCCAGAUGACCGUACCUAUAAUGCGCUAAUCAGGGCACAUCUGUGGGAUGGUGACAAAGCAGCAUCAGCAGAACUAAAGAAAUGA